AAAAAAAUAAUUGUAAUUGUUGCUUUCAGGCAGCUUUGGAAGCUCCAAGAGUUCUGAAUCUCAGUAACAGCAAAUAUUUCUCUGAAUUAUAUGGAGAAGAUGUUGUGUUUAUUGCUAAUGAUUGGCACACUGCUCUUCUUCCUUAUUACUUGAAGAGUAUCUAUAAACCAAAUGGCAUUUACAUGAGUGCCAAGGUGAUUUUCUGCAUCCACAAUAUUGCAUACCAGGGCCGAUUUGCCUUUUUGAAUUUUGAACUUCUUGAUCUCCUAGAUCAUUUCAUGUCUUCCUUCGAUUUUAUUGAUGGUUAUGAUAAACCUAUGAAAAGAAGGAAAAUUAAUUGGAUGAAGACAGAAAUAUUAGAAUCAGACUGCAUCUUAACCGUGAGCCCAUAUUAUGCUACAGAGCUUCUUUCAGGUCCAGAAAAAGGUGUUGAAUUGGAUAACAUUCUUCGCAAGACUGGCAUCACUGGGAUUGUGAAUGGGAUGGAUGUUCAAUAACGGAAUCCAGCAACAGACAGAUGUAUCAGUGUCGAUUACGAUGCAACAGCUGUUAGAUCUUCCUAAGAUGUCAAUGCAACCUAAUCAUCUCAUUGUAAAUUUCUCAUUGAAGAACACUUUCAGAUGAGGGAGGCAAAAGCUCUUAAUAAGGAAAUGUUGCAAGUAAAAGUAGGGUUGCCUGUGGAUCGAAACAUCCUUGUUAUAACUUUCAUCAGUAGACUAGAAGAGCAGAAAGGCUCAAAUAUUCUAGUAGCAGCUAUUCCUCACUUCAUUGAUGAGAAUGUUCAGAUAAUUGUUCUUGUAAAUAAUACUACCUGAUUCUUUUAACUUCUAUGUAUGACUUACAUAAGGAAUGAACAGGAUAUGCUAAAAACGUAUGUCUUAUCUGCAAGGAACUGGCAAGAAGAAAAUGGAGCAACAGCUUGAGUAGUUCGAAGUGAAGUAUCCAAACAAGGCUCGAGGAAUUGCAAAGUUCAAUGUUCCCUUGGCACAUAUGAUGCUAGCUGGAGUUGAUUUUAUCAUUAUUCCUCGUAGAUUUGAACCAUGCGGUCUUAUCUAAAUGCAAGGCAUGCAAGAAGGAAUGGUAUGGAUUCUUUUCUCAUGGAUCCUUGGUUUUGACAGGACCAGCUAGCUUCAUGUACCAAAAAUAGACUGAUGGAAUAUAACAUCCUGACAAUUUCUUCAAGGCUUGACUUGGUUACUUUAUUUUGUGCAAGUUUGGAUUCAUGAACUUGUAAUUCUAAGCUGUACUUUAGUUCAUGCUUUUAGAAUGAUACAACAAUUUUACCUAUUAAAAAAGAAAAC